CGCGCGGGGCCUCCGCGGGCGCCCGGAGUGCGGCCAAGUUGGGCAGAGGCGGGGCCUGACCGGCGCUCCGGUCCCGGCGUGGCCCUUUCCCGGCCCUGCGGGGCAGGGGGUCGGCCGGGGUCAAGUUGUGCACCUACUCGCCGGCCGCUCGAUGCCGCUGCGAGGAGGGGCAGCGCUGAGGAAGGAGCCGGAGCUCGGGGUCCUCAGGUGCAGCCGGCAUGGGGUGGGGUGCAGGUUGGGAGAAGAGGCCCCCGCCACCCGCGGCAACUCCCGCCCUGCUGUCCUGGCCAGCUAGGGGGAGGCAGGCGCUCGUCGUCGGUGCCUAGGGGAGGAGGAGAGGGCGCAGGGGCUUGGGAAGACGCCCCCGUCCCGCACCCCUGCGCCCCAGCCAGCAGCUGCGGCGGGCAGGAGCCCACUGGCCCGUUCUCCCGCCCCCUGCCCGACCCACAGGGCCAGCUUUUGACUCCGGGUGCCCAGACACCCAUCCAGGUGUGAGCCCGGGGUCGCAGAGCUGCCUGAGAACUGGACAGACACGCGGGAGACGCUGCUGGAGGGGAUGCUGUUCAGCCUCAAGUAUCUGGGCAUGACGCUGGUGGAGCAGCCCAAGGGCGAGGAGCUGUCGGCCGCUGCCAUCAAGAGGAUCGUGGCUACGGCUAAGGCCAGUGGGAAGAAGCUGCAGAAGGUGACUCUGAAGGUGUCGCCACGGGGAAUUAUCCUGACCGACAACCUCACCAACCAGCUCAUUGAGAAUGUGUCCAUAUACAGGAUCUCCUAUUGCACAGCAGACAAGAUGCACGACAAGGUGUUUGCAUACAUUGCCCAGAGCCAGCACAACCAGAGCCUCGAAUGCCACGCCUUCCUCUGCACCAAACGGAAGAUGGCACAGGCUGUUACCCUCACCGUAGCCCAGGCCUUCAAAGUCGCCUUUGAGUUUUGGCAGGUGUCCAAGGAAGAGAAAGAGAAGAGGGACAAAGCCAGCCAAGAGGGAGGGGACGUCCUGGGGGCCCGCCGAGACUGCACCCCCCCCUUGAAGAGCUUGGUCGCCACUGGGAACCUGCUGGACUUAGAGGAGACGGCUAAGGCCCCGCUGUCCACGGUCAGCGCCAACACCACCAACAUGGAUGAGGUGCCGCGGCCACAAGCCUUGAGUGGCAGCAGUGUUGUCUGGGAGCUGGAUGAUGGCCUGGAUGAAGCGUUUUUGAGGCUUGCCCAGUCUCGGACAAACCCUCAGGUCCUGGACACUGGCCUGACAGCCCAGGACAUGCAUUACGCCCAGUGCCUCUCGCCUGUCGACUGGGACAAGCCUGACAGCAGCGGCACAGAGCAGGAUGACCUCUUCAGCUUCUGAGGGCCCGGGGCCAGCCGGACACAAGCGGCCCUGACACGUGACGGACCAAAGCCACCUGCUGCGGGGGAGCCAGUUCUGGGGCCCGCCUGCCGCCUCUCCCAGCCCUCAGCACUGUCAGCCUGAAGAUCAGAGCUGCAGCCAGUCAGGCAGGGGAGAGAUUUUUCUUUUAAGCCCUGCUCUUUCUCUGAGAACCAAAAGAUGCCUUGAAUAUUUAUUCAGUGACUUCUGGCUUAUGCUCAGAAGCCAGUCUGCGUCAGGCACGUCUCCUGCUGCGUGACAUGUGCAGUGCUGUAAUCGGCUCCCGCUUGCUCUCCUGGAGCAAGCCUCUGCCCUGGCUGUGGGUAUCAGGACUGUGACCAAAGCAUUUCUAGUCCCUUCUCCCUUUCUAAGGACCCAAAUUUCCCUGGGGCCAUCCUGCUUCCUGAAAGCUGUUGGAUUUCAGUGAUCUUUCCCCCCACCCCCCAGCACAGGAGAGCACCCACAGCCGCAGAAGGGGAAUGUGUCCUCCUGCUCUGCUUCCUCAGGGCCCAGCAGGCAGGGUUUGAGCCCUGGACCCCAGGCUCUUAGAGACUAAGGGGCAGCUCCUGACCAAAGACGAUACAGCUUGGCACUUUAAAGCAUUAACAGCAGGUGUGACCCUGAGGGCUCCUCCAUGGUGCUGCAUUGAGUCCAGCUUUCCUUCUGCCCUUCCUCCAGGAGAAGGGGCCCAAGGUCCCCGUGGAUGGUCUCCACCUCUGCUUGGAACCAGUGUAACUGGCUGCUCCCUGCUCCCAGGGACUGACACGGGGAUCAUCUCUGUGACCGCCCUCCGUCGGGCCCCUCCCUGCCUUCUCCCCUCCACGCAAGGCUGUGCUCUUCCUCUGGUUUCUGUGUGUCCGUUUGAGUGUCUGCGCCCCACCUCCCCAUACUUCCUGGGAUGAUGUGUGAAACCUGACACCUAGAUUUAUUUGGAAAUAUUCUAUGACCACUUUACAGAUGAGGAAACUGAGGCCUCAAGCGUGGAGGGGUAGAGUGAAGAGUAGAACCCAGGUCUGAUGCCAAAGCUGCCUUCUUCUUUGCCUCCUCACGCAACUCACACCUCCUUUUCUUCUAGCUUUGUUGUCCUCCCAGGAACCAAAAAACCCCAGCUAUUUUCUGACCAAAAUGUGUUUCAUAACAAACCAUCUGGUGCCUUUCCACACAGAACUGGCAGGAGCCUCGUGUCCUGCUAGCUGUCUCUCUUGUUGAUUUCCGCGAAAAUGCAAGUGUUUGAAGUCUGCUCAUUCCGAGGGUGAAACAAAAUCCAACCCUGUCAGAAUCACGCUGUUCUCUUUGCUGACACUGUGACCCUGGGUCGGGACAUACCGGCAGCAAUCUGUCUUUAGAAUCUCUUUCCUUUCUCCCCUUUUGCCCCCGUGGGGUUCCCGGCAUCCUGAAAGCCAGCAAAGUCUCCAGCAUCUUUUCCAUCCUGAGGUGCCUCCCAGUGGCCUGGCUUGUCGGAGCAAGUUUCAUCAGCCCUAGGGAAAACACGGCCCUCCUGGGAACCUCCUUACCUGGAGUAACCAGACACCUUAGACGGAGGUGCCUGAGGGUGGAGUGGGAUUUGUAGGGUCAUUAUCAGAACAUGAGGAUAACUUCCUUGCCCUGGCUCUGUAGCCACCUCCUUGGCACCGGCCUCUGUAUUUGUCAUAAGGCGGUGUGGGCGAGGCCUGACACAGGCCAGCCUUGGCACGAGGGGGGCCAGGGGUUCUGAGAAGCGCUGCCCUGUGAGAGCCACGCUGGCCUUCGUCUCCAUCUCUGGCUGACGGGCUGUCCGUGUGCCUCCUGUGUGUCUGCAGACAAGUCUUGCUGUGCUUUAUUUGUGAAACUUUAAUGAGGAAAAAACAAAUAAUAAAUGUUCUCGUUUUGAAACGCAA